AUGUCACAAUUCGCAAGCUUCUCGCAAGAUAAUACCGACAAGUACCCUGAAGAAGUCCAACGGCUUUUCAAACCUCGGCCUCCAAUACUUCAUAGGAAACCAUUAGAUCUUCCAGCUCAUCUCCGGAAAACUCACAGCAUAACUCCGUUGUCCCAAUGGAAGAGUGAAAUAGAAAAGUAUAUUGAAAAAGAUACCCUUGAUAAAAGUCAGAAAAGACCUAAAGGCCCAAGGGAUACCUUCCUUGAAAAUCAUCAAACUUCACAGUAUAAUUUAAGGAAAAGUACUUGUCUGCGUGUUCGACAGUUACAAGAGUGGGAGAAUGCUACACCAGAAUCGUUGGCACGUUAUAAAGACCCUCAUAGAACAGUUUUUGUGCUGCGAUUGGAUUACCGUCUCCAGGAACUAGAUCUUCUGAAGCAUCUCAACCGAUUUGGUGAUAUAGAGUCCGUUACUAUUAUUCGUGAUAAAAAGGGUAACUCUAGAGGUUAUGGAUUCGUUGUAUUUGAAAACGAAGCAGAUUCUCAUAAUUGUAUCAAGGAAUUAGCUCCAACGGGCCUUCGAAUUCCUAUGCUGGAAUCAGAAUCUGAUGCCAGAACCAUUUUGGUUGAUAUGGAGAGGGGAAGAUUAGUACGGAAUUGGAAACCAAGACGCUUAGGUGGUGGAUUGGGUGGGCGACAUUAUACGAGACAAAGUACGAGCACUCUACGUAAUCCUCAUGCGUCUGCUGCGGCUGCUAGAACAUACGAAAGACAUGGUGGGUCUCAGAACUCUUUUGGAAAUAGAAGAUCUCAUCCUCAACAGAGACAACAAGCCACCACAGUCAGUGCUGUUUUUGCUGCUGCUGCUGCUGCUGCUGCUGGCCCAAUAUCCGAGAUUGCAACAAGUCAACCAGAAGUUCCUGUUUCCAUACGUGACAAAUAUGCUCAAUAUGUGAGUGCCACGGUCAGUCUGCAACCUAAUGAUAAAAAGGAAUGCUCAACUUACAAGUAUCAAAGAACAUCACUGUCUGUGAGAAACGACCUUCAAUUAAAAUUUGGUGAUAAAAAGGAUAACAAUAAUUGA